AUGUUAAGCAGUUCUGAUACGAUAAGGAAAACCCCGCCCGGGAUUUUGCUCCUAAAAAGAACUAGAGCCUAUACAUGUUAUCAUGCAUCUAGGAAGCCCAGUAGCAUAGUCAAGAGUGUAUUGGAUCCUGAACCCAACAAGCACCCUGCGAACUACCCUUGGCCUCUUGGAGACGUGUUUCUUAAGCAAGAAUCCACGAGUUUUGGUCAAAAUAGAGUGCAAGAUAAGGGAUGGUAUCCAUUCAAUGGACCUGAUGGCACUUCAAAAUUGGGGGAAAUCGAUGUUGCAUUUCUUGCUUGUUACUCUUUAGGAAUGUAUGUUGCUGGACAUUUAGCUGAUUCAUUGGAUCUUAGAUUGUUUUUGACAUCUGGGAUGAUAGGAAGUGGCCUUUUUGUUGGGAUAUUUGGGAUGGGAUAUUUGUGGAAUAUCCAUGUAUUCUGGUUCUAUCUUCUUAUGCAAAUGCUUGCUGGGCUGUUUCAAGCAACUGGCUGGCCUUCUGUUGUGGCUGUUAUUGGCAAUUGGUUUGGAAAAAGGAAGAGGGGUUUGAUAAUGGGUGUUUGGAAUGCACAUACUUCGGUUGGGAACAUUUGUGGGUCUCUUCUUGCUGCUAGCGUAUUGGAAUAUGGUUGGGGAUGGUCUUUUAUAUUUCCAGGUGCAUUGAUCAUUUUAGGAGGAAUUCUAGUCUACUUAUUCCUUCCUGCUUAUCCGGAGGAUGUUGGAUUUCCUUGUGCAAAUAUCUCAGGUCCAUGUCCAGAAGAAGCAACUAAUGAUCAAGAGGCUCAAAUUCCAAAUAAUGUUGUGGAAGCAGAAAACAACUCAAUCUCCCGACAAGGAGGAUCAGGGAGUAGGAGAAGUAUUGGACUUCGUGAAGCUUGUUUGACAGGAGUUAUACCAUUUGCACUGUGCCUUUUCUUCUCGAAGCUUGUGGCUUACACAUUUUUGUACUGGUUACCAUUUUAUCUUACUCAGACAGAAAUUGGUGGAAAGUACAUGUCUGUGAAGUCUGCUGGAAAUCUCUCUACUCUGUUUGAUGUAGGGGGCAUUGUUGGUGGGAUCCUUGCCGGGUACAUAUCUGAUAAACUUAGGGCUCGGGCUAUUACUGCAGCUAGCUUUAUGUAUGCUGCAAUUCCUUCCCUGCUUUUAUACCACGCAUAUGGGAGUGUUUCAGAAACUAUGAACAUCAUCCUUAUGAUUAUUGCUGGCUUAUUUGUAAAUGGGCCAUACGCCCUAAUCACAACUGCAGUUUCUGCAGACCUUGGCACUCACAGGUCUCUUAGAGGGGAUUCUCGAGCACUCGCAACCGUGACUGCCAUUAUUGAUGGUACUGGAUCAGUUGGUGCAGCAUUUGGUCCUCUUCUUACUGGAUUUCUUUCAACAAAGGGUUGGCAUGCUGUUUUUUGGAUGCUAAUGCUUGGUGCACUUUUUGCGGGACUUCUUCUAUCAAGACAGGUUUAUAAAGAAAUUACUGAAAAAAUUAGUAGACCAAAUUCAACAUGCGAACAAGAGCAAAAUCCUGAAGCUUCUGCAUCUCAACCUCUGUUGAGUGAUCAAAGGUGAUAAUUCUAAGGUAUGACCUCACAGAGAGAUCCAAAA